AUGGUUUAUUCCCUGUAUAAAACUUUAUUUUUCUCAGGUCAAAUUAGGGUGUUUUUUAACUAACUUGAAAUGUUUACAAUCAUCAAAAAGUUACAGCAGUUGAAUUUGUCUUGUUUCUGUUCCAUUGCUACUCAGUAUGGCUCUAUCUCAAAUAAUAGUUCUUUACUAAUAGCCAGUAACAAAUUCUGGAACCAUGUAUGUAAUUUACAUGGAAAUUCACAACAAAAUAUUGGUCUUAACUCACAGUUUCAUGAUAGACAUUUUACUGUGUCUGAAAGUUUUGCAAGGAAGAUGUCAACUGAUGCAAAGCAUGUGCUUUUUGAAGAGGUCAACAGCAAAGGCAUUGUCGUCCUUAACAGACCUGAAGCACUCAAUGCACUUACUAAGAAUAUGAUUGAAAUUAUGUAUCCUGUCUUGAAAAAGUGGGAAAAUGAAAAGACUUUGGUGAUUGUUAAAGGGCAAGGAAGCAAAUCCUUCUGUGCUGGUGGUGAUGUGCUCUCCUUGACUGACCCAGAGAAGAGAGGAGACCCCACCAUAACUAAUUUCUUCAGGAGUGAAUAUAUGCAGAACCACUUAAUUGGAUCCUAUCAAAUUCCAUAUGUUGCAUUUAUUACAGGAAUAGUUAUGGGUGGAGGGGCAGGUAUAUCAGUGAAUGGUCAAUUCAGAGUUGCCAGUGACAAGUCUAUGUUCGCCAUGCCUGAGACAGCAAUCGGACUUUUUCCCGACGUUGGAGGUUCUCAUUUUCUGCCAAGACUCGGAGGAGGUCUUGGCAUGUUCCUAGGACUAACAGGUCACAGGCUUCGUGGUCAUGAAUUGGUGAGCGCUGGAUUGGCCACGCAUUUCUGCCCUGCAAGCAAACUAGAUGAGCUUCACAGCGCUCUGCUUGCACUGCCCAGCCACACAAAGCCUGAGCACGUACGGGAGCUGCUAGACACGUUCCACGAGAGCCCGUCGGACUUCUCUCUCACACCACACCUGAAGACCAUCAAAGAAUGCUUCACUGCUCCCACUGUCCACCAGAUCUUGCAGAGACUGGCUGAGAGCGGAGACGAGCUGUGUCGCCAGCAGCUACCAGUGAUCAGGAGCGCCUGCCCCACGAGCGUGGCUCUCACCCACGAGCUCCUCGUUAGAGGCGCAAAACUCGACCUCGCCCAGUGCCUGCAGAUGGAGUUCCGGGUUGCGUGCAGGGUGCUGGAACACACUGACUUCCAAGAAGGCGUGCGAGCUCGGCUUCGAGACAAGGACAACAAGCCCCAAUGGAAACCUGCUACUUUGGAAGAACUCGACAUACCCAAGACGGUCGAAAAAUACUUCGCUCCUCUCCCUCCUGAGUUGGAGCUGAAACUUUGAGCACUUGAGGGACUAAUUCAUUACAUCUCACGUGUAACACUGUAAGCUAACGUACAAGCGACGCAUGUUUGUGCCGACCUAUUGUGUAAUCAGUGCUUAUAGUUGUGUGAAAUAUUUUCGUGCUUCUCGAAGAAACCAGUCUCGGCAAGCCUUUGAGCUCCAACAACUAUUAACAACUGAGAACUGUUCAUUUAUGCUUUGCUUCACUUGAAGGCUUGUAACAAGCAAGUUCUACUACUAAAAUAACAUCAAAUGAAGCAGAAAUCUCAAUCUGCAAAAAAAGAAAUGAUUUAUUCGAAUUUUAUGUUGUGGUUUAGUAUUCAAAGUAUUAUAGAUAGACUGCCAAAUGUUAUGCUAAUGCUCUACAUACUUUUCCUGCGACUUCAGUUUCUACGACCCAAGCCUUUAAUUAAAUUAACUCUCAGUGCAGGUAGUUUUUACUCUCGUCCUAAUUAUAACUACGUCUUGCAUCUCUUAAGUAAAUUUUGUCUUUACUUUUUGAAUUAAUAAAUAAUUCAAUAGUUUGUCUUCAUCGCAUUUUCUUUAACUGUGAAAUAACUUGAGUGUAAAUUUGAAUAUUGAGUAAAUGUCAGGUCCGUCGUUCAGGACUCCUGUACGUAUUCAGGAGUCGAUUAUUUGUAAAAAGUACUAGUCAAUUUGGUGAAUUUCUAAGUGCAAUUGUUUCAGAGUGUCAA